CUUCUUUCAUCUUCUUUCAUCUACACUGCGUAUAGGCGACUUGCCAGAAGGUUUCAAGAAACAAAAAACAUCGCAAACUUGCAGCAAAUCCUUUCCUUUUGUCUUUUUCAUGGAUGUUCCCAAAAACUGCCACUCCUCGGUCUAUAUAAUGCCUCGAUGUCUCAGUGCAAAAGUUCUACAUCAGCAUCGACUUGGUCGACCACUUCUUCGCUAUGUACUCUCAGCCAGCUGCUGCAAACUACUACUCUCCUCCCGCUCAACAACAGAAGCAACGGGGCUAUCGUAUCUGUGAUCAGUGUGGCGCCGUCGAAACGCCUGCGACGAGGUUUCGUUUGUGUGGGGGCUGCGUACGUCGCCGAUCGUCGACUAUUCUAAUAAUUGGCUCAUAUCAAUGUCUUCUCUAUCUCAGAUGAUUACUCAGUACUGUUCCCAGGAAUGUCAAAAAAUUCACUGGCUAGGUCACAAGCCCAUAUGCCAACACACAAGAGCUGAAAAAGAAAAGGUUUCCGCUUCAUAUGCGCUCUCUCCAGAUGAAAAUAUCGUCAAAAACCUUCGGAAGUUUACCUCUGCGCACACGGCGAUACUCGGGUGGGCCGGUUUUCAAGCCUUACAACUCAAGCGUGUCCCUUCGAAUAUAAGGCAGAGCGCUCUCCUGAUCCAGCUUACCCCACGAAAUCACCCGCAAUCACAUUGCCGCUUCUCGAUCACAUCCACACAUAUCGUCAAUCCACGAAAACACAUCCGCGAUCCCCUAGUGUUGAAUGAUAUUCGGGAACGGGAAGAAAGGUGCCGCCGAAAUGGCGGUAUCGGUACCCUAGUGAUCAUCCUCCAAUGCAACGACAUAUCCCAAGUUAUGCCUGUUGAAGUUGAUCCACCUUCGAAGAUCACCUGGGAUACUCGGGAGGAUUGGUUAGAGGUCCUUCACCAUUUUGUUGAUUCGGGACGGACGGACUUUAAGCCUAUCUCCACGACGCAGAGAGGGGUUUAUUACGGAUAGAUUUCGGUCCCUCGUCGUUAUGUUUUCGAUCUUCGACCUCGUGUAGUUUAACCCUCAACAUCGACUGUGUACUGCUACUUUCGUGUUUUGUUUUUUGUGACCCUAGGUUCCGUGUUGUGUCUUUAUGAUAAUGAACUUUUCGCAUUCGGA